UUUUUGUAUCGAAGGAAUCAACAGCCGCCAUCUUGUCGGGGCUCGGAGUCAGGAUUUCAGGGUAUAGCAAUCAUUUGUAUUCAGAAUCGGAGCGUCCGAAGUAGGUUUGAAAGGGUCCAUUCUGCCGAAAAUUGAAAGAUUAAAUCAUUUUGAAGGGAUUUCGUGCGAAAAAACGGGGAUUGGGGCGAUUUAAAUAGAGAAGGAAAACCCCGUAUCUUAUUUCCCCUUCUAGAAAGCGCCGCUUCUCUCCGUAUCUCUGCUCCUAGCAGUAUUGUUUACAGGGAGCCGUUGGCGGAAGGACAGCAAGGAAGAAGCUAGGUCGAAAAACAACAUAUUUUUCUCUCGAUACAAUUUUUUUUUUUUUUUUUUUGCGAAGCAAAAAAAUGCUUUUGAAACAAUCCGUUUGACGCCUGUAAACGAAUUCAAAUAUGCGUAUUUAGCUAUUUGUAGAGAAGAAUAGCUGCAACCCCUUUUAAAGGGAAUUUAUUCUUUUUUUGUUUUUUGGCCAUUUUUCCCUUCGGUUUUUUUUUUUUUUUUUUUUUUAAUGGUUUUUCAUUUGAGUUAUUUUACUGAUAAUAAUGUGGGUGUUGGGUGUUGAAUUAUCAUGGGGUGAAUGGCGGUGGCGGGGCGCUGUUGCUACCUUUUUGAGAUUUUUUGUUGCGUAAUCUGCUCUUGAAUCAGAGUGAACAGCGCGAUUUUUUUUUUUUUUUUUUAUGGAGGGUGGGAUAUUUUAUAUUUCUCGGUAUUUUUGUUGACAAAGUAAAACAAAAAACUCAUAAGAACUCACAAUGGCUGAAAACUUGCUGGACGGACCGCCUAACCCAAAGCGUCCAAAACUUAACUCACCUGCUCUUUCUGCCUCGGACAGUACAGAUUUUGGAUCCCUGUUUGAUCUUGAGAACGACCUUCCUGAUGAGUUGAUCCCUAAUGGAGGCGAUCUGAACAUGCUAAGCAUGCUGCCUAAUAGCGGUGGAGCAGGCGGAGUAGGGAACAUGGUCCAGGAUGCUGCUUCUAAACACAAGCAGCUCUCCGAGCUCCUGCGCACUGGGAAUGGCUCCAGCAGUCCCCAGACUGGGAUGGGGGGCCAACAGAGUGUUACAGGGGGCCUGGCCAGUCUGGGUGUCAUGGGCAAGAACCCCCUGAGUCAGGGGCUGCAGGUAUCCAGCAGCUCCACCACAGCCACCUCCCAGAAACAGGUUAACAUGAUCAGCAGUGCCUCUGCUGGUUCUGCCACUCAGACCGGGAUGGGCAUUAACCCUGGCUUCAAUCAGGCCCUACAUAACAACACCCAGGGCCAUGGGCUCCUGAACCAUAACUCCCAGGCAGGGCAGGUGAUGAACGGCUCCAUGGGGUCUGUGGGUCGUGGCAGGGGGGCGGCUGGCAUGCAGUACACAAAUCCGGGUAUAUCUGGAGGAGCAGGCAGCGUGCUGGCUGAGACUCUGAGCCAGGGCACUUCGCAGCUGGGAGGACACACCGGGAUGAAUGCACAGCAAGCUGGAUCCAUGGCCAAGAUGGGUUUGCCUGGAAACGGCGGCCCUUUUGGACAGCCAUAUGGACAAAGUGCUGGGCAACAACUGGGAGCUGCUGGUGUGAACCCCCAGUUACAGAACAAAGUCGGCCUCUCAAACAGCCUGCCACCCUUUCCCAGUGACCUUAAGGGAGCUGCCGUUACCAGCGUGCCAAACUUGAUGCAGCAGCAGCAACCCCAGCAGCAGGUGCCGUCGGUGGGGAUGGUCCCAACUCAGGGUGUCUCCACAGGCCCCACCGCUGACCCUGAGAAGCGCAAACUGAUACAGCAGCAGCUGGUUCUACUGCUCCAUGCCCACAAGUGUCAGCGCCGCGAACAGGCCAAUGGGGAGGUGCGCCAGUGUGCCCUACCACACUGUAGGACCAUGAAGAAUGUCCUCAACCACAUGACGCACUGUCAGGCUGGGAAAUCCUGCCAGGUUGCUCAUUGUGCGUCUUCACGACAAAUCAUCUCUCACUGGAAGAAUUGCACUCGACACGACUGUCCUGUCUGUCUCCCCCUGAAAAACGCCAGUGACAAAAGAAACCAGCAGCCUCUGUUGGGAUCUCCCAGCGCAGGCUUGCCAAACUCCAUCAGCACAGUAGGUACAGGCCAGCAGAGCACGCCCACUAUCAACAGCACUAACUCCAUCGACCCCAGCUCCAUGCAGCGAGCCUACGCUGCUCUCGGGCUACCCUAUGGUAACCAGACACAGUCUCAGACACAGCCUCAGGUACCUGGUCAGCAGACCUCACAGACCCAGCCCCAUCAGCAGAUGAGAUCCAUCAACACACUAGGCACUAACCAGAUGAACCUAGGAGGAAUGGGAGUCUCUGCUCCUGAUCAGCAGACCAAUCUCUUAUCUGACUCUGCUCUUCCUUCCACACUCGGUACUCCAAAUCAGUUAAUGCUUGAUGGCACAAGUGUGGGCAAUAUGGCGAACCUUCCCACUGCAGCUCCCCUCUCUGCCACAGGGGUACGGAAAGCCUGGCACGAACACGUCACUCAGGACCUGCGCAAUCACUUGGUGCAUAAACUUGUCCAAGCUAUAUUCCCCACACCAGACCCUGCUGCCCUGAAAGACAGACGAAUGGAAAACUUAGUGGCCUAUGCACGCAAAGUUGAAGGAGAUAUGUAUGAAUCGGCAAAUAGCAGGGAUGAGUAUUACCACUUGCUGGCAGAGAAGAUCUAUAAGAUACAGAAGGAACUGGAGGAGAAAAGACGGUCACGGCUGCAGAAACAGGGAAUCCUGGGUAAUCCGGCACCAAUGGCUGCCCCUGGCAACCAACAGCCUGGAUUGCCUUCUGCUCAGACUGUCAGGCCAUCCAAUGGACCUUUGCCUAUUCCCAAUGUGCCAAACCAGAUCAUGAAUUGCAUGCAAGUCUCUCAAGGAAUUAAUCAGUUUAACCCUCUGCCAAUGGGGAAUGUACAGAUGUCACCAACACCAAUGGGACCCCGUGCUGCUUCCCCAAUGAACCACCCUGUGCAAAUGAAUAACAUGGCCUCUGUUCCAGCAAUGGGAAUGUCACCCUCCCGAAUGCCCCAGGCCCAAGGAAUGAUGGGAGCCCACACGAACAACAUGGUUGGCCAGACUGCAAACCAGAACCAGUUUCUACCCCAGAACCAGUUCCCAGCAUCAACUGGGGCCAUGAAUGUGAAUAAUGUGGGGAUGGGACAACCUGCUGCUCAAACAGGAGCAACACAGCUCCCCCAGCAGACCCAGCCCCAGAAUGCUACUCUCUCUAUGAACAUGCCGGUGCCUCAGAAAGCUCAGCUCCCAUGCCCACCAGCUGCUCAGCCUCCACUCCGCCAGACUCCGCCCCCUGUAUCCACGACGACCACUAGCACCCAGCCCAUGCAGCACCCAGCGCCCCAGAGUCUGACACCCCCACAGGGCCAGCCUUCCACUCCGGUGUUAGCUGGGGGGCAGGUACCCAACGCCAUCACCAUCUCCAGCUCUGUCCCUGCACAGAGUACGCCUCCAGUCCUGGGUGCUGCACAGGCCUCCACACAGCCACUGACCCCCCUCCAACCUCCACCAGAGCUUGCAGCUCAUACACAACCACAGCAGCCCAGCACGGUGCAGGCACAGCCACCCACCACACCGUUGUCACAGGCGGUAGCCAGUAUUGAUAACCGCAUCCCCACCCCAAGUUCGGUGGCAAGCACAGAAGUGAACUCCCAGCAGCCUUCGACAGACUUGCUUGCAGCAGACACCAAAACUGAGAUCAGAGAGGCACAGGAAUUUGAGUUCAGUGAGGCACAGACUGAACCCAAACAGGAGCAGAUGGAGGAUGAUCCCAAGCAUCUGUCAUCUCAGGUGAAGGAGGAGACUGAUGUAGUGGCGCUGAAGCAGGAGCCAAUGGAAGUGGAGGAAAAGAAGCCAGAGGUGAAAGUGGAGCCUAAAGCGGAGGAGGGCACUGGAUCCAAUGGCUCUGCUCAAUCAAUAUCACCUUCUCACUCCCGCAGAAAGAUUUUCAAACCUGAGGAGUUAAGGCAGGCACUGAUGCCCACACUGGAAGCUUUGUACCGACAGGAUCCAGAGUCGCUUCCCUUCAGACAGCCUGUAAACCCCCAGGUCCUUGGAAUCCCUGAUUACUUUGAUAUUGUGAAGACCCCCAUGGACCUUUCCACAAUAAAGAGAAAGCUGGACACUGGCCAGUUCCAGGAACCCUGGCAGUAUGUGGACGACGUGUGGAUGAUGUUCAACAACGCCUGGCUUUAUAACCGCAAGACCUCUCGCGUCUACAAAUACUGCACAAAGCUAGCUGAGGUUUUUGAGCAGGAGAUUGAUCCUGUCAUGCAGUCCCUUGGAUACUGCUGUGGGCGCAAGUAUGAAUUUUCACCGCAGACUUUAUGCUGCUAUGGCAAACAGUUGUGCACCAUCCCACGUGAUGUCACUUACUACAGCUACCAGAACAGGUAUCACUUCUGUGAGAAGUGUUUCAACGAAAUCCCGGGGGACAGCGUAACCCUGGGGGAUGACCCUGGACAACCACAAACGGCAAACAUACAAAAGGAUUUAUUCAGUUCUUCAUCAGAAGUAAGUAGGAUAUCAAAAGAUCAGUUUGAAAAGAAGAAAAAUGAUUCACUAGAUCCUGAACCGUUUGUUGAAUGUAAAGAAUGUGGACGCAAAAUGCACCAGAUCUGUGUCCUACAUUACGAUGUUAUCUGGCCCUCUGGCUUUGUCUGUGACAACUGCCUGAAGAAAACCGGGAGAACGAGGAAGGAAAACAAGUUUUGUUCUAAAAGGUUACAGACUACCAGGUUAGGAAUGUAUAUAGAAGACCGAGUGAACAAGUUCUUAAAGAGACAGAACCAUCCAGAAGCAGGGGAGGUGUUUGUACGGGUGGUGGCCAGCUCGGACAAAAACGUGGAAGUUAAACCAGGAAUGAAAACUAAGUUUGUGGAUACGGGUGAGAUGUCAGAUGGCUUUCCAUACCGAACCAAAGCACUUUUCGCCUUUGAGGAGAUAGAUGGGACGGACGUGUGUUUCUUUGGAAUGCAUGUGCAGGAGUACGGCUCUGAAUGCCCUUAUCCCAACACCAGGCGAGUGUAUGUAUCAUACCUUGAUAGCAUUCAUUUCUUCAAACCUCGUUGUCUACGUACAGCAGUCUAUCAUGAAAUUUUGAUUGGGUAUCUGGAGUACGUAAAGAAACUUGGGUAUGUGACGGGUCAUAUCUGGGCCUGUCCCCCCAGUGAGGGAGACGACUACAUUUUUCACUGUCACCCUGCGGACCAGAAGAUCCCCAAACCCAAACGGUUACAGGAGUGGUAUAGGAAGAUGUUGGACAAGGCCUUUGCAGAGAGGAUAAUCCACGACUACAAGGUGAAUGUAGUCUUCAGUAUACUUGUCAUUGGUCUAUUACAGGCAGUGUUACCAACUCCACACAGGAGAGGAACCUCACAAAGUUGGUAGUUGUCGCUAUUUAAA